CCCACUCAACGAUACCUUUUGCAUCGGCUGAUUUCACGCUUACAAGAUCCUUCUUUCUGGAUUUAGUUCUAGCUUCAACUCCGGUAAUUUACCUCGUGGUUUAACCUACUAGGUAAACUAACACAAUGGAGUUGACACCACAGUCUGACCCUAAUGUGGGAAAGAAACCAAGCCGUUUUCUGCUGCUCUGGUUUCUUUUCCGCACUAUGCAUGUUACACAGACGGGUGAAGAAUCCAGCACACCAGAAGAUGAUCAAGUGGCGGUAGCUGACACUGUAGCCCCUUUAGAAGAUGAUGCUCUAGCUAAAGUUAAUCUGCCUAGGAAACUGCCCUCGAUAGUAGAAAUUAAAAAGGCCCUGCCUCAACAAUGUUUUGAAUCAAGUGCAUCAUUAUCUAUCUACUACAUGGUCAAAGACUUUAUCCUUGUAGCAUUUUUUUAUGCUUUGGUUGAAUGGACCUGGGAAGUGUUUCCCCCUGCUGCUCAGAUUGUGAUCACACCUUUAUUCUGGCUAAUACAAGGCACUUUGUUUACUGCCCUCUUUGUGGUCGGCCAUGAUGCUGGUCAUGGUUCCUUUUCCAACUCAGAACUUCUAAACACAAUUUGUGGAAAUAUCUGCCAUACUUUUUUGUUCUGCCCAUACUACAUGUGGAAGGUUUCUCACAGAAAACAUCACAAGAAUACUGGCAACAUUGACAAAGAUGAAGUAUUUUAUCCAGUGCGCCAAAGAGAUGACUCCAAAAUACCAUUGUUACCAGGGUUUGGGCUCGGAGUUGGCUGGUUUGCCUAUCUUUUAAAGGGUUACAAGCCAAGAGGUGUUCAGCAUUUCAACCCACUGCAUCCAAUGUUUCAGUACCACGUGUUGAACUGUUUUAUCUCCCUGAUUUGUAUCGUGGGCUGGUGCAUUUGUCUGGCACACUUCAAGGAUAUGUUUGGUUUGGGUGCACUAAUUUACCACUGGGUCAUCCCAACUUUUAUAUUUGGCUCCUACACUGUCAUCAUAACCUUUCUACAUCACACUGAAGAUGAUAUUCCCUGGUAUAGUACUGAAUUGUGGGACAAUGUUAGAGGUCAGCUCUCCUCUGUUGAUCGUUCAUAUGGCUGGUGCCAUUACAUCAUUCACAGCAUUGGAACACACCAAAUUCACCACCUGUUCCCUAAAGUACCUCACUAUCAUUUAGAAGAAGCCACUGUAGCUUUCCGUAAAGCUUUUCCUAAGCUGGUCAAUGUACGCCAUGAACCAAUCCUUCCUGCAUUUUUCAGAAUGUUUAAAAAAUAUGCCCAACAGAAUGUUAUUGAUAAUGACAAACAACUUCAUUUAUAUAAGUAAAGUUUAAAAAAAAACGUUUUAUUUUUAUGAUAGGGGUUAAUAAAGUAGUUCCAUUUAUACUGCCAUUUAAAUUAAAUUUUUAAAUUAAUAAGAACACGUCAAUUUUUAGCUAACAUAAGAUGGUUUACAUUAGUUAAUGCAAACUUACCUAAUUGAGAUUUGGAAAUGGCUAUCUAAUCUGUUGUUCUUUUUAUUACAAAUUGAAUGUUUAGAAAUUCUUUUUGUUUAAAUUUGGUUUGAUACAUAAUUAUCUAACUACGGUAGUAGGUUACAAUUUUUAUUUUUGCACAAACAAGAACUCUCCAGCAAUGCAAUUUCUUAACAAAAAAAAAAAGAUUUUUAGUUUUUAAGAUGAGUGUUCAUGUAUUGAAAUACUGUAUUGAUACUAGGCAACCUAAAUUUAGGUUGUGUCUCUUGAUAUUAAAGUUAAAACCGUUUUUUUUUCAGCAUCUUUUAGUCAUUUAUUUUGUAUCAAGAUAAUGAAGCUUAAAUAAAGCACUACAGUAAUUUUGCCUUUGCUAACAGAUUUUUAUCUUAGCUAUUAGUAAAUCUUUAGACAUGAUGGUAAAUUUGUAAGACUAAGCAAAGGCUGUAUCUUUGUUUCAAAAUUUGAUGUGCCUUUUAUUAUGAAAGUUUAAAUAGUAUUUAAUUUAUUAACAUAAUUCAGUAUUUUCUUUAAAUGUCCACUUUUUGUUUGAUGGACUUCAUAGAACACAGAUCAUUGAUCAUUAGAUGUUUGUUGAAACAAGGGCAAUAUUUUGUUUAGAUUCAAAUGUUUAUUUUCUUUUCUUAAUGCCAAUGUUAGUUUUUUUUUUUAAUAACAGAUCAUUACGGUUUUUGCUGCAUUUUCUUUUUUCCCAGUUGUAUUGAUUUUUUGAAUAAUUUUUAAAACAAUAUUGGCUUUUAAGUUUUUUUAAAAAUAACACUUAAAAGCUAAGUGAUAUUAUUUUCAUUUACUUAAUUGUCUAUCAAAGGAAAAAACAUUGAAGGUUAUGUAUUUUUUUAAGAACAAUAUUUUUAAGGCAACUUUGAACAUGACAAAUGUAGGCACAGGGUUUCAAUGUACCUUUGACUCCUCUCAUCCAUGUUUUAAUGAAUGACUUUAGGGGAGAGACUGUGGAAACAAUACAUGUCCACAAUGAUUUAAAAGCUAAUAAAGAUAAGUCAUCAAUCCCUUACUUUGACUUAAAAUUUGUGUGAUUAUUAAAACUUUGCUAUGCACUUUGUGUGUAUCUUAAUUAAAGAGAACUUACUUUUUUAAAAAAUGUUAAAAACCUGCAUUUAAAAUGUUUGAAUUUUUUUUCUAUAACAAAUGGUGUUCAAAUUGCAGCACAAAUUGCUGACAUGUAGAAUGUAUUCAUGCUCAACUUUCCUUUUUAUAACUCCUUACUAACAAUUUAGUACAGAAGUUGUCCCUCUUGUAACUGAGUAGUUAAGCAAUGACAUUGUAAACACACAUAGGAAGAGACAAAAUAAACCCACUAUGUCAGCCA